AUGCCUUCCUCAGUCACUUUCUCCGCUUCUACAGCGAACACCAAAUCCGCCAGCCAAUCCAUCUACACCCGGCCUCCUCAGAAGAAGCAGAAGAUGAGCAUCACUCAGACCUACUUCCUCGCCCACAGUGCUCGCGGCAAGCUCUCUCGCGAGGCUGCCCGGCCUGACCACGACCUCCGCCUGUUGGUCGGACACGCCAACAUGCUCGACUCUCUGAUGCUUGAUCUGGCCAACGCCGAGCAGGAGCAGGAGCGGUGGUUCAACAACAUCGUCAACGGAUCUCAACAGGAGGAAGAGGAGGAGAGACAUCGACACGUCGAGACCAUUGUGGAGGAGCCCGAAGCCGACUGGGAACCAGAAGAUGCGGCCUCGUCUGAAGAGGAAUCCGAGGACGAGACCGAGCAGAAGCCAGACACCCAGGUGACCGCCAUCGAGGUCGACUCCGAUAUGGAGGAUGACGACGAUGACAACGAGGACCUGACUCUGGUCCGCACUGCCUCCCGACACUCACCUCCAGAGCUCAGCCUCGACACCGACUCGGACUCGGAAGACGAGCACAUGCCACCCUCACCACCCACCACCACGAUACAAGUCCUGAGCGAGAAGCAAAGACAAGCCAUCGCCACGACUUCAUUCUACGACGCCAAGGACACCGCCUCGUUAUCACCCGAAGAGUCGGAAGCCUUUGAAGAAGAAGGCUUCUACCUCCCUUCAAGACAACAGCCAACCAUAAUCGCUGCCUAUUGA